AUGAGCAAAAAGCUUACGCUAGAACAGAAUUUGUACACAGUUGAGCUGCAGUUACCUCCCAUUCGUCCAAGGGCUCGAAAGUUGGAAAAGACAAGCCAAAUGGAUCAGGAGAGUAGCAGUGUGGAAGACGCAGAAGAAUAUGUAGUAGCGGUCGCCACUCUUCUUACAGAAGACGGGAGAUAUUACAAUCCUACAAACAUAGCCGCGUGCCAACUGUUGUACGUACGACCAGGAAAGUUGUACGCUUACGAAACCUUUGAUUGCUAA